AUGGCAGCCCCAGUCAAUGGAGAGACUCAGAAUGUCAAACUCUGGGAAUCCCAUAGUAAUAUGCUUGUACAGCCUCUUAAAGACAAUGAUACAGAGGUGUAUUCCAUCAUCAAGAAGGAGAGUCAUCGUCAGAAGGUUGGCUUGGAGCUGAUUGCUUCAGAGAACUUUGCCAGCCGAGCCGUCCUGGAGGCCCUGGGCUCCUGCUUGAACAACAAAUACUCGGAAGGGUACCCAGGGCAGAGGUAUUAUGGUGGAACAGAGUUUGUGGAUGAGCUGGAGCUCCUGUGUCAGAAGAGGGCUUUGCAGGCCUAUAAUCUGGAUCCACAAAGCUGGGGAGUUAACGUGCAGCCCUAUUCAGGCUCUCCAGCGAACUUUGCAGUGUACACUGCCCUGGUGGAGCCACAUGGGAGGAUCAUGGGUCUGGACCUACCAGAUGGGGGUCAUCUGACCCACGGGUUCAUGACUGACAAGAAGAAAAUCUCGGCUACCUCUAUCUUCUUUGAGUCCAUGCCUUACAAGGUGAACCCAAACACUGGCUAUAUUGACUACGACCAACUGGAGGAAAAUGCCCGGCUCUUCCACCCAAAGCUGAUUAUCGCAGGAAUCAGCUGUUACUCUCGGAACCUGGACUAUGCCCGGAUGCGCAAGAUUGCUGAUGAGAAUGGGGCCUACCUCAUGGCUGACAUGGCCCACAUCAGCGGCCUGGUUGCCGCUGGAGUGGUGCCUUCCCCGUUUGAACACUGCCACGUGGUGUCUACCACAACUCACAAGACCUUGCGAGGCUGCCGAGCGGGCAUGAUCUUCUUCAGGAAAGGAGUGCGCAGUGUGGACCCUAAAACAGGCAAAGAGACGCAGUACAACCUGGAGUCACUCAUCAACACUGCAGUUUUUCCGGGACUUCAGGGAGGCCCUCACAAUCACGCCAUUGCUGGAGUCGCUGUGGCCCUGAAGCAAGCCAUGACCCCUGAAUUUAAGGUUUAUCAGCAGCAGGUGGUUGCCAACUGCAAGGCUCUAUCUGCAGCCAUGACUGAGCUGGGCUACCAUGUUGUAACAGGUGGUUCUGACAACCAUCUGAUCCUCGUGGACCUACGCAACAAGGGCACUGACGGAGGGAGAGCUGAGAAGGUCCUGGAAGCCUGCUCUAUUGCCUGUAACAAGAACACCUGCCCAGGUGACAAAAGUGCUUUGCGGCCCAGUGGUCUGAGACUGGGGACUCCAGCAUUGACCUCCAGAGGCCUCCUGGAAAAUGAUUUCAAAAAAGUAGCUUAUUUUAUCCACAGAGGAAUAGAACUGACUCGGAUGAUUCAAAGUGAGAUGGCCGCUAAAGCCACUCUGAAGGAGUUCAAAGAGAGACUGGCGGGAGAUGAGAAGUACCAGAGCAUCAUCAAGUCCAUCAGAGAGGAGGUGGAGGCCUUUGCUUCUGUCUUCCCGUUGCCCGGCCUGCCUGACUUUUGACAUGAGAUGGCGCGUUCCCUUCGCAGACCACAUUCCAGUUUCAGAACCAGUGUCAGUGUGUCUACUGUGAAGGCUCAGGGGUUCAAGUGCCAAAACUGCCUUUAAGGAAAAAGCAAGUAGGAGAAGCGUCUUUUUCCUGGUGAAGAAUCAACCUUGACUUCCUUCCUCUCAUUCCUAGAUUUAUUUCUCACAAAACCACUUCUAAGACAUGUGCCAGUUGCGACCACCUGUGGACCUAAGCCAGGAAUGAAAAGGACGGAUUUCAUUUUCCACAUCACACUAACGUUGUAGGAUUUUAUUUUGGAAAUCACCAAUUAAAGAAUAAAUCUGGGUAUCAACUUCU